CUCGGUGGCUGUUUCCGGUCGGUCCUGUUUCCUCUGCGCUCCUCCAUGUGUCUUCUCUCCUGAACCGGGCUCCGUGUCUGCGUUCAGUUCGUGUGUUUGUUUAUUUGUUUGUUUAUCAGCCUGGUUCCGGUGAACAUGCCGGGAGGCGGCAGCUCUUUGUUCUCCGGGUUCCGGGUUCUGGGUCUUUACUCCAGCCACGUGCCGCACGCGCUCCGGUACCACCAGAAGCACCGGGAGUUCUACGUGGUGACGGCGGUGGGGAGAAGCUUUCACACGUUCAACGUGAAGCGGUUGGGGAUCGUUGCCGUUAGUAACAGCCUGUCCGAUGACAUCACCUGCCUGGCGGCUGACAGGAUGUUGGUGUUCGCCACCACUGGCCGGCUCAUCUGCGCCUUCGCCCGGAACAGAGAGGUGGUUAUGCGUUAUCACGGUCACAAACAGGACGUGCGCUUACUGCUUCCUCUGGGUGAUCAGCUGAUCUCGGCAGACAGUGGCGGUGAUGUCAUUGUGUGGGACGUGCAGGGUGGAGACAUCUACCUGCAGCUGAACUUUGACCCCAACACCUUCCAGCUGUCGGCCAUGAUGCACCCGAGCACCUACCUGAACAAGGUGCUGCUGGGCAGCUCCCAGGGUGCACUGCAGCUCUGGAACAUCAAGACCAGUAAGCUUCUAUUCACAUUUCCUGGCUGGUCAGCAGGAGUCACCGUUCUACAGCAGAGUCCUGCAGUCGAUGUAAUUGGCGUUGGCACGGCAACAGGCCGCAUCAUCAUUCACAACAUCCGACUGAACGAGACGCUGAUGAGCUUCACGCAGGACUGGGGACCAAUCAGCACGCUGGCUUUCAGAACAGAUGGUCCUCCCAUCCUGGCUUCUGGCAGUCCUCAGGGCCAUAUUGCAUUCUGGGAUUUGGAACGCCGUCACCUUGUAGCCCAACACAGACACGCUCACAGAACAGCUGUUGCCGCAGCAACGUUCCUACAUGGUGAACCGCUGUUGGUGACCAACGGAGCGGAUAACGCCAUCAAGGUGUGGAUAUUUGACCAAGAGGGUGGAGGGGCCAGGCUGCUGCGGAGUCGUCAGGGACAUAGUGCUCCUCCCACCACCAUCCGUCACCAUGGCAAUGAUGGAAAGAACAUCCUCAGUGCUGGUCAGGAUGGGACACUGCAGAGUUUCUCUACAGUCCACGAGCGCUUCAACAAGAACCUGGGUCACGGUUCCAUCAAUAAGAAAAAGGAGAAGAAGAAGAAGGGGUUGUUGUACGAGGAGCUGUGUCUUCCUGCCAUCACGGCAUUCUCCUCCGCUGUCACUCGUCAGUCAGACUGGGACGGUAUUGUUGCUUGUCAUCGUGGUCGCCUAGCAACCACCACAUGGAACUACCAGAGAUGCACCAUGGGAGCAUACCAUCUACAGCCACCAGGUGUCAGAAGAGAUGCCAUUUCCACGGCUGUUGACAUCACUUCCUGCGGUAACUUUGUUGUGAUUGGCUCAUCAUGCGGCCAUGUUGACAUCUACAAUUUGCAGUCUGGCCUGCAUCGUGGUUGCUAUGGUGACAGCGCUAAAGCUCACAGUGGCGUUGUGCGAGGUGUUGCCACAGAUGCUCUGAAUCAGCUGACCCUCACUACUGGCUCUGAUUGGCUGCUGAAGUUCUGGCGAUUCAAAACGAGGAAACAGGAAGAAGAGUUGAAGCUAAAUGCUGCACCAGCUAAAAUGAAACUACACAGAGACAGUGGGAUGCUAGCUUUAGCGCUGGAUGACUUCACUCUGGUGGUUGUUGACAUAGAAACCAGACGAGUUGUCAGGAAGUUCACGGGUCACCAAGGAAACAUCAACGAUAUGACCUUCAGCCCUGAUGGCCGCUGGCUGGUCACUGCGGCGAUGGACUGCACCAUCCGUACCUGGGACCUUCCCUCUGGAUGUUUGGUCGAUUGCUUCCUCGUUGCCAUGGCGCCGGUGGGAGUGUCUAUGUCACCGACCGGAGACUUCCUGGCAACGGCUCACGUGGACAACCUGGGCGUUUACCUUUGGACCAACCGAAGUCUGUGUGAGCCCGUGGGGCUCCGCCCCCUCCCAGCUGACUACCAACCAGCAGAGGAGACGCUGCCUGGUGUCACCGUGGCGGCUGAUGAACUGGAAGUGAUGUCAGUGGAAGCCGAAGAUGCGUACCAGUCAGCUGAGCAGUUAGGGGCGGAGCUUGUGACUCUGUCUCUGCUUCCGGAGUCUCGGUGGAAAAGUCUGCUGCACCUGGAUGACAUCAAGAGGAGGAACAAACCCGUGGCGCCACCGGCACCUCCGCCCACUGCUCCCUUCUUCCUGCCCACGGUUCCUGGCAUCACGCCUCAAUUUUCGUUGCCUUUGGCAACCGAUCAAGACAACCAGUCCAAGGUUCUGUCGUGGGGUUCACUUUCCCAGAAGUCCGAGUUCAGUUCUGCUCUGGAAUCAGGUCUGGAGUCCGGAUCAUUCGAUCUGCCACUGCGUCUCCUGAAGGAAUAUGGGCCAGCGGCUGUCUCUGUGGAGCUCACCUGUCUGACAUCAGAGGGGGGCGGAGCCAAUGGCCUCCUGCUCGCCUUCAUCCAAAUGAUUGACAGUAUGCUGGUGAGUGGGCGGGACUUUGACCUGGCUCACAGUUACCUGGCGCUCUUCCUGAAGCUCCACCUUCGCCAGGUGUCACAGGAUGCUAUUGCCAUGGCAGCGCUGCUCCGCCUCUCCUUCCAUCUGGAGGCUGGGUGGGUGGAGCUACGGUCAUCAUUUGACCAAUCAUUGUGUCUGCUGUCAUACACGAAGAGUGCCCUGCUGUGACAUGCACACAAACACACACACACACACACACACACAACUUUGUGAAUAAAGUUUCUGAUUGUUC